AUGAUAGAUCAUUUAAAAUGCAAUUGCAUAAAAUACAAUAUCCCUGACGAAGACUGUGAACCUGUAAUAAAGGUAUCAGAAAAUAAAGAUGAUAUGUUAGUAGCUGUAUCGAGUAAUAAAAGAAAUGUCCUUUUAUAUAAAAUAAUAAAUAAGGAGAUAAUAUACUCAGACACUUUUUUUAUAGGAGAUCCAAACAAAAUUAUUGCCCUUGAAUGGUCUAAACAAAACGAUUUACUUAUAGUUACAAUAGAUAUGAAAUGUAUAAUAUAUAAAAAAAAAGAGGAUGGAAAAUGGGAAUAUACUAAUGUGAAUAUACCAACAGAAGAUUUACCUACAUGUGCUUGUUGGCAUCCUCAUACAUAUUCAUUUGCUAUAGGAUUUACUUCUGGUAUUAUAUUUAUUUGUUCAAAAAAAGAAAAUCAAAAAUGGAAAAUAAAAAAAAUUACCAAUCAUGUGGCAAGUGUAAUGUUCAUAGGAUGGAGUUCAUCAGGAUAUAUAUUAUCUACAAAUUCACUUGAUUCAACCUCUUUGCUUUUAUGCACUUCAGGUCUAUUGGAUGAUAAUAUAAAGAACAAAAAUAAUAUCAAUAUUUACAAAAAUAUGGAAACAUUCAUAACAGAACGAAAUAUUAAUAAUAACGACAUAAUAUACAAGAUCGAAUCUGAAGGAUACAUCUUUUUGCAUAGUUCCUUUUCAUUGUCAAAUGAAAAAAUAGCUAUAAUUGCUACUAAUUUUGAGAGCACGUAUGAAAAGCAGCAAAUAAUAAUUUCAGAUUAUUUCAAAUCCCCAGCUAAUAUUCAAUAUGUUUCUUGGGUUGGACAAACACUACAAAGAUGUUUAUUUUUGGAUGAUGAUAAACUGUUAGUUUAUGGAUAUGAAAUAUUUCCAAUCAUCGUGGAAUACUUAAAUGAUGAAUGGAUUAUAUCAAAAGUUGUGUUACCUGAAUUUAAUAUAAAAAAUUUAACUGUUGACUUUUUUUAUGAUCAAAAAGAAAUUCAAGAAAUAGAACAAGAAUGUGAACAUUUAGAUGGAAAUCAAAUUAUUGGUGAAAUUGUUGCUCAUUCAAAUUAUAUUUUACAAAUAUCUAUGUUAGAACCUUAUGAAAAUAAAAUAUAUAUUGAAUUUAUAACAGUUUCAAGUGAUUUCAGUAUAGUUCUUUGGAAUUUUUCCAUAUAA